AUGGAAGCUACUAAUCGCUUCUUCCCGCCUGAGCUACUACCCGAGGAUGACGAACUAGACUUUGAUGGAGACCUGGCCUUUGAUGGUGACCUCGACACUGAUCUUGAUUUCGAUGGUGAUCUCGACACUGAUCUUGAUUUCGAUGGUGAUCUUGCUUUCCUGGUACCAAUGGGAGAUUUUGAAUAUGACCUUGAUCUUGAUGGGCUCGGACUGUGGCUAGCGGAUGGUGACCUUCUCUUUGUGUAA